UUCGAACGUUAAUUCAUCGGAGGGCUAGAAAGAUAGUUCGGCGUGAUAUCAAUCGUGGCUAAUGGCGCGGUCUCUCGCCGUUGAAUAUAAAUUGGACUGCAGCUUCACCGGGCGCUUCGAAGGCUCUACCAGACUGUUGUUCCCGCGCUCGGUGAGUCUCCAGCCCUUGAGAGUUUGGCGCCAUGGCCGGAAGGGGGAAGUCGAUCGCCUCCGUCGCUGCCGCGAAAAAGUCGACGUCGAGGAGCAGCAAGGCCGGGCUCCAGUUCCCCGUCGGUAGGAUCGACCGGUUCCUCAAGGAGGGGAAGUACGCGGAGCGCGUCGGCGCUGGCGCUCCCGUAUACCUAGCCGCCGUCCUUGAGUACCUCGCCUCAGAGGUUUUGGAACUUGCUGGGAAUGCAGCGAGGGACAACAAGAAGACCAGGAUCGUCCCCAGGCACAUCCUGCUUGCGGUGAGGAACGACGAGGAGUUAGCGAAACUUUUGGGAGAGGUUACAAUCGCCAGCGGCGGCGCGACGCCCAACAUCCAUAACAUCCUCCUCUCUAAGAAGACAGGCAGCUCUUCAAAGACUGCUCCUGGAGGUUAUGACUGAAAAAAGAUUCAAUCUUUUUGCAGACUAGCACAGAAUUGAAAAUCUGCUCGGAUCCUUGUUAUCCAUUGCUUUUAGGAUUAUUUUCGCUUUUGCGUUUUUUUAGCUUUGCGAUUGUUCCUUGCCAUUGGGCUUGAUACCGCUCAGGAUGUUAUGAUUUACCUCCCUCGUGAUGGCCUUGGGUCGAGUGCGGCGGGGGCGCUGGGAGCGAGCGAUUUCGCCUUUUUGCCACUUGAUACCGCCACAAGUGCAUUUGUCUUGUGAAAUGAUAAAAGUUUGAAGCUUGAUCCAUCCUUCCACCAAGCUCUCCUUCCCCUUCGUUCCUUUUCAAUCUUUGAUUCUUCCGCUUGGAUCUUGAAUGAAACUCAGGGAGGGGGUGAUUUUUAAAUCUUUAUUCUGUGUGAUCUAAGGUCUUUUCCCUUUUAGCUAGAUUCUUUUUCAUGGAAUUUUAGAUCGCCCCCUUUGAUUCAUCUGCCAAUUGUAAUUGUAGACUUGUUUCAAUUUUCAUACAGGUAAUGUAAAUCUUCAUCUGUCAUAUUCAACAUGUAUAUUGAUUAGAAUUAUAUUCUUUCCUUUUUUAAUAAAA